GUGUGAUCAGUGAAGUGGAUGCAGCUGUGCAGAUCUUCCUGGAUCAGAUCAGGAUCUUCAGUCAUGGAUGAGUCUGCGUUGGAGCGUUACUUUGAUGACUCUAUUGCAAAUGACUCCAGCUUCACAUUGGGGGAGGAGCUUGGACUCCAGAGUGCUGUCCCCCAAACCCAAACCCCCUCCUUGCGAGACACUUCUUACCUGUCAACAAAGGCGGGGCCAAGUGGAGAGCUGGGGGAGGAGCUGGACCUGAGCUUUUUACCUGAUGACCUAGGAACACAGGACACAGCAGUAGAGAAUCAGACCUCAGCUCUGGACACAUCUCAGGACAGCGGCAUCUGUGUGGACUUCAUUUCCCAGAGUUCUAAAGCAGCUGACGUCCAGCAGGGGACGUCCACAACAGGGAUGGAGACCAUUACCUCCCCCUUCUGUCCUAUGACUCCUAUGACCCCCAUGACCCCAAUGACCCCUGUGACAGAGAGGUCAGGGAUCAUCCCCCAGUUACAGAACAUCGUUUCUACUGUGAACCUCGGUUGUCCUCUGGACCUGAAGUUCAUCGCUCUACAGGCCAGAAACGCUGAGUACAACCCAAAGCGUUUUGCAGCUGUCAUCAUGAGAAUCCGCGAGCCUCGAACCACGGCGCUGAUCUUCAGCUCAGGGAAGAUGGUGUGCACCGGAGCCAAGAGUGAGGAACAGUCUCGUCUCGCUGCCAGGAAAUACGCUCGUGUGGUACAGAAACUGGGUUUUCCCGCUCGAUUCCUGGACUUUAAAAUCCAGAACAUGGUGGCCAGCUGUGACGUGUUCUUCCCCAUCAGACUGGAGGGACUGGUUCUGACCCACCAACAGUUCAGCAGUUAUGAACCAGAGUUGUUUCCAGGUCUCAUUUACCGGAUGGUGAAACCUCGUAUCGUUCUGCUCAUCUUCGUGUCGGGGAAAGUUGUUCUGACCGGAGCUAAAGAACGUGCUGAGAUCUACGAAGCCUUUGAGAACAUUUAUCCAAUCCUGAGAGGCUUCAGGAAGCAGUGAGGACAGCACUUUCUGUUUCCUGUUUGAGUGUACCAGUGUAAUAUAUAUAUGUACUGUUUAUAUGUAUGUAUGUAUGUAUGUAUUAUUUUAUGUUGUGUGAUGCAGCAAUAUUAAGUUAGUUGAAUGUUUCUGAACAGAUGUAUAAAGUGUGACCAGUUAGAAAAA